GAGCAGCAGCAGCGGCGGCGGCGGCGGCAGCAGCGGUAGUAGUCGGCAGCCCGGAGCCUUCGGUGCGGCGGAAAAGCUUUUGAGCUUUAUUUUUUUUCUUUUUUUCCAUUCCACCGAGCCGCGCUCACCCCGCCGCCGGCCUAGACCUUAACGCCGUGGCCUGAUCCGCUCUCUUCCCUCCCCUCCGUGCGAGAGCUCCGGCAGCGCCCUCGCUGGUCCUCGCCCUCGGCCUUCCGCGCCAGCCACCGCCACCACCACCACCACCACCAUCAUCAGCCCGCCAGCUGUAGAUCCCGCCGCCGCCGCUCCUCCCGGAGGGCACGGUCCCCACGCCGACACCCUGGAGGUUGGAAUGCUCUUAUCCAAAAUCAACUCGCUGGCCCACCUGCGCGCCGCGCCCUGCAACGACCUGCACGCCACCAAGCUGGCGCCCGGUGGCAAAGAGAAGGAGCCCCUGGAGUCGCAGUACCAGGUGGGCCCGCUGUUGGGCAGCGGUGGCUUCGGCUCGGUCUACUCGGGCAUCCGUGUCGCCGACAACUUGCCGGUGGCCAUCAAACACGUGGAGAAGGACCGGAUUUCCGACUGGGGAGAACUGCCCAAUGGUACCCGCGUGCCCAUGGAAGUGGUCUUGCUGAAGAAGGUGAGCUCCGGCUUCUCCGGAGUCAUCCGACUCCUGGACUGGUUCGAGAGACCCGACAGUUUCGUCCUGAUCUUGGAGAGACCCGACCCGGUGCAGGAUCUCUUCGACUUCAUCACCGAGAGGGGCGCCUUGCAAGAGGACCUGGCGCGGAGCUUCUUCUGUCAGGUGCUGGAGGCCGUGAGGCAUUGCCACAACUGCGGGGUGCUCCACCGGGACAUCAAAGACGAGAACAUCCUCAUCGACCUCAACCGCGGAGAGCUCAAGCUCAUCGACUUCGGCUCGGGGGCGUUGCUCAAGGACACGGUCUACACGGACUUCGAUGGGACGCGGGUGUACAGUCCUCCAGAGUGGAUCCGUUACCAUCGCUACCACGGCAGGUCGGCAGCCGUGUGGUCCCUGGGGAUCCUGCUCUACGACAUGGUGUGCGGAGAUAUUCCUUUUGAGCGGGACGAGGAGAUCGUCAAGGGGCAGGUUUUCUUCAGGCAGCGGGUCUCUUCAGAGUGUCAGCAUCUCAUUAGAUGGUGCUUGGCCCUGAGACCAUCAGAUCGGCCGUCUUUCGAAGAAAUCCAGAACCAUCCGUGGAUGCAAGACGUCCUUUUGCCCCAGGAAACGGCAGAGAUUCAUCUCCACAGCCUGUCUCCGGCACCCAGCAAAUAGCAGCCUUUCAAAGUCUGGUCCUUCCUCCCUGGCUGGCAGACCCUUGGGGAGAGCAAGCUUGUCUCCAGCUUCCAGGUUACCGGGGACAAGACACUUCUUGCCCAGCAGGACAGUGCUUGAUGGAGGAAUCACAGCUCAUUCCAGACUCUAGGUCCCUGGAGGCAGCCCCUUGGAGGUGGGGGAGGGGGAGAGACUCCACUCCAGGUGUCCUGGGCCUCAACUUACUCCAUAGUCACCCUCUACUUCUCAAAGUGUCCAGCAGUGCUCCUGGGCUCUGCAGAACCCCAGG